AGGGCUGAUUUCGCACUGCGCUCGAGACACGCGGCGGACGAUCAGAGCGAGGCAGCAGCCUGACAAGUGGAGGAGAGAGGCCGGCAUGUCAGAAGCGAAGCGAAGCGGUGCAACCGAGGCCGCCCGAGGAACAAAGAAAGAAGGAAACCGGAGGAAUGGGCACGGCACGGAAUCCUUCGAGCAAACGACAUCGGGCCCGAUGGAAUCGCGCGCUUGCGCCUUGGCCGGCUUCUGUCAGAGUGCGAUGGCCAUGCCAUGCCAUGCCUCAUGGACUCGACUGGAAAGUACGCCGACCCCGCCCGUCUCUCUCGUUAGCCCAACCUGAGCACCGAGUCACCAUUCGACCGCAGUUCGCUCGCAGCAAGAAGAAGGAGGAAGAAGGAGGCAGGCGAUGUUGUAUUUCUGUAUGUCGAGGAGAAGGGAUCGGCUCGAGUCGGAAUAUUGGAUGGAAGGAAGGAACGAACAAUGGAGGGGGGCCGACACAAGAUGUACGUGGCCGAGCGCAGACAGACAGAAACUCACACGCAUGCACAUGCUGUCUGCUCUCGCGAGUAAUUCGCGCUUUAGGGGCCUACGGGCGAGUGCACUUUUGUGCCCUGCGGUAAUUGCAUACUUUACUGCGUGACAAAAUGAUCUACGGCAGGAAUUCCAGGUCUUCCACGCGGCGUCAGGUAAUCAAGCACUCGCUGCACCCAUUUAAUGCCCCCACCUUACCGAAUUACGCUCCGCCAACUGCUCUCUUCCAGCAGUGAUGGGCGUCCGGCCUGCGAUUCGUUCGUACGAGGUCGACUAUUGAUUCGCGAGCGAGGCCCCGGUUUCUUUAUCUGCACUCGUUCGUGUCAAACCCCCAAGGCGCAACGAACGAGCAAACCCCAACAUUUUUCUUCGCAAGCCCCACACGAUGCCCAACAACAAUCGCUCUCUUCACGUCAAGCCAGGCUCUCGCCUUUCCCCUUUGGCGCCCGGCCCUCGCUGCCUCCAGCUCGCCCUUGCCAAAUCGAG